CACCUAAAGGCAGCACCGGAUUCUGUGUGGAGCGCGGGUUGAAGAAGAGCGUUACAACAUUUAACCUUUUGCCUUUGAUCUGGCAUAUAAGGUUUUUUUUUAUUUAUUGUUUUAUCUUUAAAUUAGAGCAGGCUCAGCAGAGCAUUGUUUUCCCCCCUCUCUUUAUUUGUUGAAGUCCUGGGUGAGCAGCCCGGUGUCCCGCAUGGCUCCCCGGGCGGUCUGGCUCCUGGUCGCUGUGUCCGCUGUCCUGAGCGCGCGCUCCCGCUGGGUUUACACCUGUCCGGCCAUCUGCCGCUGCGACGCGGACACCUUCCAGUGCACGAGGGACACUCAGCUGGCCUCUGGGGCAGCGGCCACGUCCGUGCGUCGAAUACGUCUCCAAUAUCUGGAAAGAAAAGAAGUGCCCUCUCAAGCUUUCAAGGAGCUGAUCAACGUGACGUCAAUUGAGAUCUCCCAGAGCGAGUACAUCACCAAGAUCCGGAGACACGCCUUCCUCUCCCUGCGCAGCCUGACUGAUAUUGUUCUGCAGAAUAUCAAGAGUCUGAGAGUUAUUGAAAAAGGCGCCUUCACAGACCUCCCCAGACUGAAAUAUUUGGGCAUCUCUAACACGGAGCUUAAACACUUCCCAGACUUCACAGGUAUCUCCUCCCUGGUGCCAAUUGUCCUGGAAAUGACAGACAACAUGAGGAUUGACACCAUUCCUGCCAAUUCCUUUCAGGGGAUCACGGAGGAGUAUGUUGACUUGAAACUGUUCAGAAACGGCUUCAAGAAAAUCAAAUCUCAUGCAUUCAAUGGAACCAAGAUUGAGACACUGAUUUUGAGAGACAACGUGUAUCUCAGUGACAUUGAGGAAGACGCUUUUGAAGGAGCCACAGGUCCCAGUUUUCUGGAUGUCUCCUCCACCGCUCUCAGCUCGCUCCCCCCCACCGGGUUGAGGCAGGUGAAGUAUCUGACAGCCAAAUCUGCCUUUGCGCUGAAGACGCUGCCUCCAGUGGAGAACCUGGCUGAGCUGCAGGAGGCCGAGCUCACGUACUCCAGCCACUGCUGCGCCUUCAACACAUGGCGACGGAAACAAAGGGAAAGUGCCUUAAAGAAUUUCACAGAGUUGUGUGGCCGCAUUAAAACUGAAUUAGAGUCCACUGCAGAUGAUGAGGACCAUUUCGAUUACCUCCACUUUCAGAACCAGGUAUUAGGUUGUCUUAACAACUCCUUGGUCAAUUGCACGCCAAAGCCAGAUGCCUUUAACCCCUGCGAGGAUCUGCUGGGCUUUCCCUUCCUACGCUGUCUCACCUGGAUCAUCACCGUGUUCGCUGUGGCCGGUAACCUGGCUGUUCUGGCCAUGCUGCUGCUCAGCCACCACAAGCUAACCAUCUCCAGGUUCCUCAUGUGUAACCUGGCCUUCGCUGACCUGUGCAUGGGACUUUACCUGAUGCUCAUCGCCUUCGUGGACCAGCUCUCCCACGACGAGUACUACAACCACGCCACGGACUGGCAGACGGGGCCCGGCUGCGGCGUCGCCGGCUUCCUGACGGUGUUCAGCAGCGAGCUAUCGGUGUACACUCUGACCGCCAUCAGCCUCGAACGCUGGCACACCAUCACCAACGCCAUGCACGUCAACAAGAGGCUGCGGAUGCACCACGUGGCGGCCAUCAUGGGGGCGGGUUGGGCCCUCUCCCUGCUGGUCGCCCUGCUCCCUCUUGUGGGGGUCAGCAGCUACAGCAAGGUGAGCAUCUGUCUGCCCAUGGACAUCGACGCGCUGGGCUCUCAGGUGUACGUGGUGGCUGUGCUCAUCCUCAACGUGCUCGCUUUCUUGGCGGUCUGCUACUGUUACACGUGCAUAUAUCUGAGCGUCCACAACCCGGAGCACUCCACGCGCCUGGGCGACACCAGGAUUGCCAAGCGCAUGGCCGUACUCAUCUUCACAGACUUCGUGUGCAUGGCACCGAUCUCCUUCUUCGCCAUCUCCGCAGCCCUGCGCGCGCCGCUCAUCACCGUGUCGCACUCCAAGAUCCUGCUCAUUCUGUUUUACCCCAUCAACUCCCUCUGCAACCCUUUCUUGUACACCCUGUUCACGCGGGCGUUCAGGAAGGACGCGUGCCACCUGCUGAGCCGCUGGGGCUGCUGCCGCGGCAGCGCCGACUUCUACAGGUCACAGACCCUGGCUUCACACCUCCACUCCACACCGAAGGUUCCUAACAAAAUCCCUCACUCGCUCAGCAUUUAUGCCUAUCACAUUAAGAUGAAGGAUGGCUUUUUAAAGAAGGGCGCAACAUGACCGACGUCGGGAACUUUUUUAGGAAGUUGAAGGCCGCAUCAGCUGCUGAGAAUGUUGCCUUUCUGUUCAAAUGUAGGUACGUAUAGGUGAAGAGAGUCUCACGAAAGGCGUCAACAUUGGAUUUGAAGUUUUUAAAGCGAGAAUUUCCUCAGUCUGGACCAGGAGACCUCCACUCCAAGCCGGCGAGUGCUGCAGCCUGCAUUUCUGCGCAAUGAUGGGACACCAAGAAGCAGACGGAUGGAGCGGGAAAGGGGAACAAAUACAAUAUUCCAUUUUUUUUGCAAAUCUAAUUUGAAGCUCUGUUGGUAAAUUAUUUUAAGAUCUUACAAAAGACAUUUAGUUC